AUGGAAAAGAUUGAGAAUAAAGAGCUGUUUAUGUCGUUCGAUGAGAAAGAAGGAAAUGAAGACUCUGAUGUUGAAGAUGUGAGUGAGAAAGUUGAUAUCUUUUGGGAAACAGGGUCGGUUGUUCUUAAGACUAUCUAUAGUGGAGCCAUUGAGGCUCUUCGAUCUAGUUUUGAUUUGAAGAAGCGUUUCCUGGAGAUUCUAGAGGCGACAGAUUUGGCGCAUUCAGAAGAAAUCCGAGAUAUGAUCUUAAGUGACAUGAAGAGGGAUUUUUCCCAAGGACCCUGA